AAAAACAAAAAACAGAAAAACAGAAGGAGAUGAUGAAUAGCAAGUUCUGUUUGGCUUUGCUACUCUUGGGAAUUAUUUACUGUGACGCAGACUAUUUCAAUACAUAUGAUUAUUUGGAACUAGCCUCAAGGUGGCCAGACACCUAUUGCUUGACACAUGAAGGCACUUGCAGGGACAAAGUGCCCCAAAAUUUCACUAUUAGCUAUAUUCGUCCUAAGAAAAGGGGAGGACCUGAUCUGGAAAAUUGUCCCACAGCAUAUCCUCUGCUAAAUAGCACUAUCGAGGCAAACAAAAAUGACUUGCUCAAGUUCUGGCCUGAUCUGACAACUGAUAACUUUCAAGAGAGCAAGGCAAUGUGGAAUGACCAGUGGAAAAUGUACGGGUCGUGCUUUAAUAUGAGGCCAGAUGAAUUUAUUCAGUACGCACUGAACAGCAGAAAGAGAAGUGAUAUAAAGAAAAUCUUGGCAAGGGCAGGUAUUGUUCCAAAUGGGCUUCAGUAUCCACCGCGUAGGAUACUGCAAGUUUUCAAGAAAGCUCUGGGUGUCAAUGUGGACAUAGUCUGUGAGGAAGAUAGAAGUGGGAACAUUUAUCUCGCAGAGGUCCAUGAAUGUGUUGAUUACUAUGGAACAACGCCUAUAGACUGUUACAAUAAGGCAAGAGGAUGUGACGAUUACCCCAUCUAUCCCAAUAUGGGAUUUGUUUCGCCAAAUAAAGAUCCCAAGUAGAUAACUACAUGCAAUUGCAGUCCCCUUGUAUUUGAGUCCCAAAAUAAGUAUAUGUACAAAAUAAGGGGUUCGAAAUCUAUGUUAAGGAAAUAGUUUAU